AAUUUGGCUAACUAGGCACUCUACUUGGCUUUUCAACUAUAAAUACAAAGGGUCUGCCUACAUGCCCUCCCAGACAGAAAACAUGAGAACACCAUUGCCAAUAUUAGUAGUGUUGGUGGUUUCCCUAGCGUUGGCGGUGGGUUCAACCCGCCCCGCCAACGUGAGCCGUAAGAGCUUUCCAAAGGGGUUCGUGUUUGGAACAGCAACGUCGGCUUAUCAGGUAGAAGGCAUGGCUCAUAAAGGUGGACGCGGACCAAGUAUUUGGGACGAGUUCAUUAAGACUCCUGGACUUGAGCCGAACAACGCCACGGGGGAAGUUAGUGUGGAUCAAUAUCAUCGAUACAAGGAAGAUAUGGAUAUGAUGGCAAAUCUUAACUUUGACGCGUAUCGAUUCUCAAUCUCAUGGUCGCGGAUAUUUCCAAAGGGGACCGGGAAGGUGAAUAAAAGAGGAGUUGCUUACUAUAAUCGUUUAAUUGACUACAUGCUUAAGAAAGGCAUUACCCCUUACGCCAAUCUCAAUCAUUAUGACCUUCCACUAGCCCUUGAGCAAAAGUAUCUAGGAUGGUUGGACCACCAAGUUGUGGAUGAUUUUGCUAAUUAUGCGGACUUUUGCUUCAACACGUUCGGAGACAGAGUCAAGAACUGGAUGACAUUUAACGAGCCUAGAGUUGUAGCCGCCCUUGGUUAUGACAAUGGUUUCUUCGCCCCCGGAAGGUGUUCCAAGGCAUACGGGAAUUGCACGGCUGGAAAUUCGGCAACCGAACCAUAUAUCGUUACCCACAAUCUAAUCUUAAGUCAUGCAGCUGCAGUCCAAAGAUACCGUCAAAAAUAUCAAGAUAAACAGAAAGGGCGUAUUGGGAUUUUGUUAGACUUUGUUUGGUAUGAACCUCUCACAAGAUCAAAAGCCGAUAAUCUGGCUGCUCAAAGAGCGCGAGACUUUCACCUUGGAUGGUUUUUGCAUCCCCUUGUUUAUGGAGAAUACCCAAAGACUAUGCGCAACAUUGUCAAGGAUCGUCUACCGAAAUUCACUGCACAAGAGGUUAAAAUGGUGAAGGGGUCGUUUGAUUUAAUUGGGAUAAACCAGUAUACAACUUAUUACAUGUACGAUCCACAUCAAAAACCACCAAAAGACCUCGGCUACCAAAUGGACUGGAAUGCAGGAUUUGCAUACGAGCGCAAAGGUGUACCAAUAGGUCCACGGGCAUAUUCAUACUGGCUCUACAAUGUGCCAUGGGGUCUACACAAAGCCUUGAUGUACAUUAAAGAACGUUAUGGGAAUCCAACUGUUAUUCUAGCUGAAAACGGAAUGGAUGAUCCAGGUAAUAUAACCCUUGCUAAGGGCUUACACGACACAACGAGGAUCAAUUACUACAAGGGUUAUCUGGCUGCACUCAAGCAAUCCGUUGAUGAUGGUGUAAAUGUUAUCGGCUACUUUGCAUGGUCACUGCUCGACAACUUUGAAUGGAGAUUAGGGUACACAUCACGGUUUGGCAUUGUUUACGUCGACUUCAAAACGCUCAAGAGAUACCCCAAGAUGUCUGCCUACUGGUUCCAGAAAAUACUGAGCAGAAAUAAGGACUAAGGACUUGGGAAAUAGAACAAGUUCUAAAUAAACAUGCAUCAAUAAGUUGUAAUGAAUGGUUACAAAUGCCAAUGUUUGAGUUAAUAUAAGUCAUUUUCAUAUGCUUAGUAAGUAA